GUGUCUUUGGCCCGUGGCUUGCUCUUCUGCUUGCUCUUUCCACAGCAUCAUCUUCGUGGAAAACAAAUGCGUGGUUUAUCUGGUUGAUUACUUCUUAAUCAACAACUAAUUUCUGAUCGGUUUUGUUCAUCAAAUUAAUGAUUUUUCUUUUGGUGUGGGAUGCAGAAAACAGGACAUUUCAGAGAAAUCAGUCAUGGAAAGUCCUAAGAGUCAUAGAAUCACAGGAUGUGGUGGGUUGGAAAGGAGCUCAAAGAACACCCAUUUCCAACCCCUGCCCUGGGCUGGUUGCCUCUCACCAGAUCAGUCUGUGCAGGACCCGAUCCCACCUGGCCUUGGGCACCUCCAGGGAUGGUGCACCACAGCCCUGGGCAGCAGUGCCAGUGCCUCACCACCCUCUGACCCCUAAUCUAAAUCUCCAUUGUACAUCACAGCAGCCAUGUGAUGGGCUAGAUGUAAAUCUUUACAUGUAGCUUUCUUCAGCUUGUACGGAGCUAGAUGUGCUACUAUGAUUUGGAAAAACAUGGUGCUGCUUUACAGCCAGGUCCCAGCUGCAGGCUGCAAAAUGGUUAGUCUAGGGGCAGGCAGCUCUGACAGAUUCUUCAGAAUGGUACCAAUUAUUUUACAGCUGAGAAAGUUACGCAAAAACAACACUUUGCCCUUGCCUGCUCUGUCUCAAAUGUGUAAUUAAACCUUUCCAGUAGCUUAUCUUGCAAUUGCAACCAUGACACUCUCCAGCCUCUGGUGCUCAUCAAAGAGGUGAGGAGGUGUUUGCUGUUCUGCCCAAUGCAGCUGCUUCACCAGAGCAGCCCUUCUUCCUCAGUAGGUUAUAGUUAGACAAAUAAAGUGCUGCUUAUUUCUGCUUUCACUCCAUCCUGCCUGUGGAGGCAGAGUGCACAGAAAAAGCCUGUGCCAGGGGCACCUGUGCUCUGCUUUGGUUUGGAUCAGGAUGCCAAGCCCCAUAAACUGUCCCAGACAUCAGGGUGAUGCUGAGCCAUUGGGCACCAGAAGAUGCAUCUUCCUCCCUCCAGAUGUGGUGGUGCCUUAGCGGACCUGUUCAUCUCUCUGACUCCUCCUCCCCAAAUCCUGAAAGUUGAGAAAGCUGUGAAAUGCAGCCAGCAUACAGAUGCAUAAAAUGUAUCUUUCAGCAUCAUGAAGCUUAGAUGUGACUUGCAGCUCUGGGGAAGCAUUUCAUGCCACUUCAGGUGGCAUGGAGAAGGAAGACAACUCCUGAACCUCCUCAAAUCCUGAAAUCCCCCCUGGGCCUGGCAUGGCCAAGGUGAAGAAAUGAUUUAAGAGUCAUCAUCCUGACCUGACCUUUGCUGUAAAAGGGGAAAACAACUCUUAUUGUAAAAAAUCUUCUUUCUGACAUCAGCAGCAAGGAGCUAUCAUACAAACUCUUGUAGUGGAAAUACUGAGUCAUGGCCUGAAGCAGUGAUUGAGCACCUGGUGGGAAGGCAGGGCCAACCCAGUGGAGCUCAGGUGCAUGCAAUGCAGCUGAAUGACCAGAAGGGAUGGAGCCAGCAAUCCCAGACCUCAUUUAAGGGUUGGCAGUGGAGGUGAGGGCAUCUCUUGUUGGAGAUCCCUGCCUACCUGAGGCCUUCUGAAGAUAGCAUGUUUGCAGAGACCACUGCCCGUCUCAACACCGCCCGUCUCAGCUCUUGCCUUCCCCAGAGCAACCACGACUCGGCCAACUUCAAUAACAAUGAACUGGAGAAUAAUCAAGUGGUGGCCAAAAUAGCAAACCUAAACCUGAGCCGGGUGCCGGGACUUGUGACAGACAACCACAUCAUCCCCUGCUGCCCCAACCGGCGGCUGCGUGUGCAGGGGGUCCCGGCCUUCCUGGACACAGACCUGCGAUUUCACCCCACCCAUGGACCUGACAUCACCUUUUCCCAGGACCGGAUGGUCGCCUGCACCAACUGGCAAGAGAGCAAUAGGACUUUGGUGUUUUCUGACCGCCCUUUGCACGUUGGCGAGAGCCUGUUUGUGGAAGUGGGACACCUUGGGUUGCCAUACUACGGGGCCCUCUCGUUUGGCAUCACUUCUUGUGAUCCGAGUACUUUAAGGACAAACGAGCUCCCAGCAGAUCCGGACUCUCUCCUGGACCGCAAAGAGUACUGGGUGGUGUUCCGGGCCUUCCCGGUCUUCAGCGGAGGUGACAUCCUCAAUUUCACGGUCUUGCCAAACGGCGAGGUGCACCAUGGGGUGAAUGGAGCAAGCCGCGGCAUGCUGAUGUGCGUGGAUACCUCGCAGUCUCUCUGGGUGUUUUUUACAAUCCAUGGUGUAAUCAACCAGCUCAAAAUACUGGGCACUGUACAGUCCAGCCCAGUGACCGUCUCACCCUCAGGGUCCCCCGGUGGCUCACAGUACGACAGCGACUCUGACAUGGCCUUCAGUGUCAACAGGUCAUCGUCUGCCUCGGAGUCUUCGCUCGUGACUGCUCCCAGCUCUCCCCUGAGCCCCCCUGUCUCUCCUGUCUUCCCCCCUCCGGAGCCAUCCAGCAGCAAGAACGGGGAAUGCACCGUCUGCUUUGACAGCGAGGUGGACACGGUGAUCUAUACCUGCGGACACAUGUGCCUCUGCAACACCUGUGGUCUUAAGCUGAAGAAGCAGCUCAACGCCUGCUGCCCCAUCUGCCGACGGGUCAUCAAAGAUGUAAUUAAGAUUUACCGCCCGUAGCGCCCGGCUUGGGCUUGGGAAGGGAGACCGCCGCUAGCAGUAACCAUGCCUUUCCGUCCCUGCUUAUGGGUUAUCGUGCUGGUCAGUUGUAAUCAAGUGGCUCGUUAUCUGUGUUUCCUUAUUUGAUUGGUAGGGCAUAAUUCAGGGAUCAAAUUGAGAUAAGGAUCACAUGGGGCAGUGCUGCUGGGCUGUGUGCCCACAGAGUGAAUUGCGGUAGGAAUCCGACCCAGCUGCAGAUGGGAAAUUCCCUGUGCCAAGCUUUUUUAUCCUCCAGAGGAUGAGGCUGAUGUGAUGUGGGUUGGGAGGGAAUGCUGCCGUUCGCUGGGUGCUGCUGGAUUGCCCAGCCCCAGAGCUCAGACAACUCUGUGCUGCUGGUGCUGUGGUGGAGCAAAAUUAGAAUGUGGCCCAGUGGGAGGGUUUGGAGUGGACAAAAUUGAUCUGAAAAUUUAAUACCCAUCCAUUUAAGGGGAGCAAGCAAAGGCCAAAAUAGUAGCACAACUAGACUGUCAUUUGUUUGGGUUUUGAGCAGGCUGCUGGGGCAUGUGGAGGAGCUGCUUCCUUUGGCUUGGCUGCAGCAGCUCUUGCUUUUUUUGGUGGAACAGGGCCCAGGUUUUGCUCUGCUCCUCCCAGCAUGGGGCAGUUGCGGUCUCAUAGGGACCUGCUUGGCUCAUGUCUCUUAUCCUUCCCCAGUCCCUGUGGGCUCACCUUCUUUCUGGGCACUGUGCCAUUUUUCUUCUGCCUCUCUGGAUUUCCCAGCACAGCUCCCACUGCCCACACACUGGCUGCCAGGAGAGGCUUCAGCCACAGGCAAGAACUCAUUGGGAUGAAUAGGGAUCAAACUUGGCUUUGCAGGGGAGGUGGAAGGAAAGGCUCUGAGGCUAUUAUUAGACUUAAAAGGUAAAUGGAUUUCAGCUGUGGUGUUAGACAGCCAUGAGCAGCAGCAAUCUAGAGGAGGAGGGAAGUGUAUGGGCAGGCAGUGGGUCUGUGCAGGGCUUGGUGUCCUCCCUGACGCUCCCACAGGAGCUCCCCUAUCCUUUGUCCCCCUGCAGGCUUCCUCCCACACAAGACUCAGGCCUGGCUGCAUUUCAUGAUGCAAACCAGAGGCUGAAAGAGGGGCUGAUGUCAUUCUAGCUCAAUGAUUGUGUGCCACCAAGUGAGUAAGAAAAGUGCAGUUACCACAUUUCAAUCCAAAAAUGGAGAAAAGCAACCCAUGUGCUGCAGGGCCGCUGAGUGCAGAGGGAUGCUCCUGUCCCUCCAUGCUGUGGGUGUGCUGCUGACUCUCUGCUGCUACUGCUGUUGGUGGCCUGGCCAUGCUGCCCAGUGGGGGCUGUGGGGCUGCUCUCUCUCUCCCUGGGGGCAGUGAGCUGUCCUACAUACACCCAGCAGGCAGGGCAUAGAGGAAACUUUUUUUGUUUUAAAACUUAAAGAGCUAAUGAGCAUUUCAAUUAAGUGUAUAGAUGAGAGGCUGCUUUAAAAUGGCAUUUCUCAGCCACUGUCCUGCUUCACUGACACGAGUGCCUGCUGGUAUUGCAGAGCCCUUUUGGGAAACGUGGCUCAUCCCUGCCUGUACAGCACCACCGUUGCAUAAUCAAGAGGCCAAGGUGUUUUCCAGUAGCUGAAGUGUUGCAGUGAUGACCUCAAGGCUGCCUGCCUGCACAGCUGGGGCUGUUGGGUGACACCUGGCCAGGUGGGCUGCCCUGUGCCCUUGCUGUGCAUGGGCUGCAGGGGGAACUCUUAGCAGGAGGAGGAGCUCAAGGAAAGCUGAAUUCACAGCAAAUGAUGCUGGCUGGGAUCACACUGGACUAACAGAUGCCACUGGCUGCCCCCACACUCCCUGUUGCAGGGCUGCCUGCUCUGUUUGGAGCUGGCAUUCAGCUGCAAUGAUGCAUGUAGCCCAGUUGCUUGGCUGGCACCUCAGGUCCUCAACAAGCAGGGCUGACUGCACACCUGGUUCAUUUUUUGGUGCAGCUCUUAUAUUUUAAGCCAGCAAGGAGAAAUGGCAAAAAUUACCAGCUGAGCAGAUUGCAGAGGGGUGGUUUUUGCUGCUGCAGCUGCGAUUGAUUUCCAGGUGGGCAGCACCAGCAAGCAGUGAGCUGCUGGGGGGGAUGAGUAGAGCCAGCACCCAGCACAGGGGGUAACAGGCAGCAGUGGGGGCUUUGCCAGAGAGCAACAGGGAUUUUUUGAAAGCAGUGGCAGAGGCCCCUCAAAAAGAGUUCCAGGAAAAGGCAGCCUUUAACAGAUUUAAUCGUUAGUACUCGUAUUGCUAUUUUUUUUAAACAGUCCGAUGAUACAUGAUUUGUACAGAAGAGCUGUUUGUGCCUUAUAAGGGUGUCUGUGCACUUUUUAUCCUUUUUAAAAACAACUUUUAAAAUAAAACGGGGAGAACAUAACACAGAUCAAUGGUAGUGUUGUAGAGUUUUGUGUUCACCAAGAAGCCUGCUUUGUAUUUAUAUAUAUAUAUAUGUGUGUGUAUGAAGUUACAUAUAUAUACAUAUAUAUAUAUAGUAGCAAAAUAGUGUUAAUUUCCAUUGAUUUUUUUUUUCCCCCUGCUCCUGUUGAUUUCAUUUUCUUUCUUAGAAAAAGGAAGAGAGGGGGGGAAAAAACAGCAGAGUGAGGGGAACCCCUUUCCUUUCCCCUUCUGAGGCAGUUACUCUUGCUUCCUUUAUGAUUCAGUCCUGUGAUCUGCACAACAUGCUGAAGCUGACUCAGAUGUUGGACCUCUGCAUUGAGCUUCUCAAGCAACUCAUUGGGACUGGGGUGGGGGGGGGACGCACGGGGGGGAGCUGCACCUCUACAUGUCAAUACUCUGUAGCCUUGUGAUCAGUGCCGUGUGUGUUUUAUUUUUGUCCAUUUACCUGUUUUACAUUAAUAUAAUUUUACUCGUUUAUGAAACAAAUAAAACUUUGGCAAGUA